AUGACAUCGGAAAACGACGCUCAAGAAUUAAAGAAAGAGGAGCUCAUUGAAAAGGGUGUCCCACUGGAUUGGUUGGUCCGUGCGCACAGAGCAACAACAAUGGAGACACUCGUUUAUUUGUGUCAUCAGCGACAUAAAUGGAUUAAUGAAGAUCAGAAAAUUAUUCUGACUAUUUUGCAGGACUACGAAAAGUCAGGAGGAGGCUUGAUUGCUGAAAAUCAUCCACCACCUCUUCGCCGAAAGCGGGGAAAACAUAUUCCAGCUCCAACAUUUGAAUCAGUGAUGGAACACCAAGAAAUAUAUGUAUUCUCGUGUCAAUUAUUCGAUUUAGUGAGAGAAGAGCCUUCAAUUUGGGAUAAAUUGAACUGUUUGGAUUUUGGAUACCAUCAACCAAUGAGACAAGCGUGGUGUAGUAUUUCAUUGAAGUUGGGUGGAUGGGGUGCAAUUCAGCACGUUCAUAUGCUGAAACAAUUGUAUCGGAGACGGAGAGAUCAAUAUAAUAUCGACUUUUUGAGACUUGGAAAACCAUUUCAGUACAGCGAAAAGCUGAGUUUCUUGAAGAAUGUCCUAGAAAUGUCGAAAAGUGACUCAUUAAACCCGGAUAUCAGUCUACAAGAUCAUAUCGAUGCGUCCGAACCGAAAAUCGAAUACGAGGAGGAAGUGAAGGGAGCACCUGUGCAUAUUCAAAAUAUUAUGAGACAAGUCUCCGAGAAAAUCGAUCAAGUCGCUGCCCUCAAUCGACCAGAAGUUCUUGCUCAAUACCUGUCGAAAUGUUGUAAUCAAGUCGUCGCAAAUCGAGAGAAAUUAGCAUCUUCCGGUUUACAAGACAAGGAAUGGAUUGAUAUAAGAUCUUCGGAUUGUCAGCUUGAUUGA